AUGCCGUCGCGACCCGAAAAGGCUGGUAACCUGACGUAUGGGCAGAAGAAGAAGAUCUGCCAGUGGCAUGACGCAAACACCACGCUUAUACAAUCGCAACUGGCAGAUAAGGCGAAGUGCUGGUUCGGUCUCUUCAAGGCGCCAUUCCAAAGGACGAUCUCCGGCAUUCUGCGUGAUUCUCAGAAGUAUCUGCGCGUGGUGGACCUCGAUCUCAAGUGUAAGCGGAACCGAUUACUGGUAUUUCCUGCAGUCGAUGGAGCCCUUGCAAAUUGGGUGCUACAGUGUCAAGCCAAGCGCGUGAUGCUGUCCGGUGAUCUGAUUAAUGAGAGAGCGAGUCGAUUUGCCACAUUGAGCGGUGUUCAAGAAGAGCAUCUGCUAUUGUUUUGA